AUGAACAGUGAACGUGAACAGAUGUUCACAGUUGAUUAAAAUCAGCAUCGUGGUGGGUUCAUUCGGUUCGUUCAGUUCUAUGUGAACAUGUUCAGAUCAAACAUGUUGUGCUCACAAUAUAAUCAGUGAACAAAACUCAACAUUGUAUGAGCUAGUCUCGUAUGCGUCAUUUCAGUGAGUGUCUGAAUAGUCGUCUGAGUCAAUACAUUACGUUCGAGAGCAAUAAAUGAAUUAGUUGAUAAAAGCAAAAGCAAACAAACAAACAGGCAAACAGAAAACAAAACAAAAAUAUGUCAGAGGAUCAAAAUUUUGUAUUAGAACAAAUUGCGAAAAAGGUGUACAGUUUAUCGGCCAAACGCAAUGUUAGAAGUGCCGUAUGGAGCAUAUUAUCCGAAGUAAUUAAGGACGAUGGCGUUGUUUUGAAGGGUUAUUUAUAUUGUCUGAUGUGUGACAAGCUUGUCAAAUAUUCACCAAAACAAUUGUCAAAUUUAAAUCGUCACAAAUGUUGUCAAAACCUUAAGGAUCCUAAGCCGAAAUGCGAAAAAAUUGUUACACAAGCUGAUAAGAAAACCGCCAUAGAUGCUUGUGUUGCAUGGAUUACAGAGGAUUGUCAACCGUUUUCGGCCAUCGAUGGUUCCGGAUUUCAAAGAAUGGCACAAUUUUUUAUCAAUAUUGGAGCAAAGUAUGGUGAUAAUAAUAAUAUCGAAGAACUGCUACCAGAUGCGUACACACUUUCCCGUACAACACAGAAUGCCGUAGAUGAAACGAAAAAUCAAACCAAAAACGAUGCACCCGAUAUUUUCGAUGAGGAUGAGGCAAGCAUGAAUGACGAUGAAUUUUUUAGCAAACAAUCCUAUGAAGUUGAAGAAGAUGCUCUAAAUCUAGAUGAAAGUAGUGGUGGUGGUGACCCCAACGAAUCAGAGAUGGAAACAGUGAAACCGAUUAACAAUACGAGCGCCCAUCGCUUGGAGCCACAUCGAUCGUCAUCAAAAUGGAACGAAUCAAGUGCAGGUCAUAUUGGCAGUACUUCUGCUGGCGUCUCAGCCAAUUAUAGGGCGAGAAAACGAGGCCAAAAUAAGCAACAACGUAAACGUAAUGUCAGUCACACUGAUGAUAAUGGAAGUGCUUGCCAUGAUGAGGAUUCUUACGAUUAUAACAACGAACACAAGAAUGAUGAUAAUGAUGAUGAUGAUGAGUAUGAUGGAGAUCGAAAUGAUUAUGUGGCAGCAAAGAAACGACGUUGCCAAACUUCAACCGAUCGUGAGACAGAGAACGAAUGUGUAUUAAUUGGUAAGCGUAUGGCAACCCACUUCCGUAAUAUGCUACCCGAUCAGCGACUAUAUGCGGAACGCAUCAUUAGCGAGGUGCUUGUCUAUGGCCGAAUGAAUCGUCUCACGAUAGAGACGCGAUUUAUGCCGGACAAUUAGGCAGCAGAGGCGACUGGGAAAAUGCAUUUUGUAUACUAAACAAAAAAAGGAAAACAAUUGUGA